CUAGGUUUGAAGAAAGAGCCUUUUGUUUCUCUUCUUCCACCACUUCCCCCUCUGCACUAUUUCUUUCUUCAACUCUUCCCCUAUCUUUCCAAAACAAUAAUAGGUGAAGAGAGAAGAAUGAAGGACAUGGAGAGCCUUGAAGAAAAAGUGUCUGUGUUCAUUGAUGAAUUACAUCAUUCCAAUGAAUCAGAGCAAAAUUAUGUUGACCACCCAGAAAACAUUAGCGACUCUGAUGAUGAUGAUGUUUAUGAUGAACCACCCGAAAGGACUUCGUAUUGGGAAUCUCAGCUCGAUCUGCUUCAGGAAAUUUUGGAGCGGUACCAUGCAAGCGGGUCAAAAUUAAGACACGAGGUUGGUCGAAUUAUAGAAAUGGUGAAAGCUUCAGAUUUUUGCAGCUGCUUCAGUCCUAACUCUUCCAAUUGCACCGCAUGUUUCAAAAGACAAGUUGUUUCUGUGCUCUGCAACAGAGGAAUAACUACCAACCUUUGCAUAUCAAAAUGGUCAGCAACAAAAAAGUUUCUAGGAGGAUCUCACGAGUACAUUGAAGUGAUCGCGAGCACAUCAAAAACAAAGAAGCAAAUCCCAUUUCUGAUUGAAUUGGUAUUCAGGGAUCAGUUUCAGAUUGCAAAAGCAUGUGAGGAAUACCAGAAACUCGUGUCUUGUUUGCCAGAAUUUUACAUUGGGAAACAGGAGUACCUAACUGCCAUUGUUAGGGUCAUGUGUGGUGCCGCAAAGAAAUCAAUGAAGGAGAAGAAAAUGCAUCUGGGACCGUGGAGGAAGAGAAGCUUCAUGCAAAUGAAGUGGUCAAGUUUCAAUCCAACAUAUCCACACACACAAGCAAGUAAAUCUCACCUGUGUUUUUCAGAAGCUCCCACUGCUGUGGUAGUCACUUGAAGUGUAUGUUGAAUAAGAGAAAGUUCAGUUUAAGUGGUAGAUUUUGAGGAGGAAUUUUGGACUCAAGACCUCUUUAGUAGUAGAAUUUAUGCCCCAGUGGUGCAAUAUAUUAUAGAUCAUUCCUAAGUUGUUUUCCUUUAGGUCCAAGAUAUAUGAUGUAAGGUUUUGUCAUUAAGAGAAACUCACUUUAGAAGAUAAAAUAAGUCAUCACAGUUGUUGAUUGAAAAAUCAAUAAUUGUGAUUUAAACUAUAUCAUAAUGUACUGUAUAUGUGCAAGUAUGCGACUACAAUCACAACUGUUGAUUUUUCAAUAAACGGCUGCAAUGACUUACUUUA